CCGGCCCGCCCCGUCUGGCCAGCUGAACAGGCCCCGCCGCACAGCGCGGACACCCUUUCCCUGCUCCGGCCGGCGGUGCGGGGCGGCACGCUGGGGGCGCGGCGUGUCUGGGGACAUCUUGUGAUGUUGGCAAGAACAGGACAUGAUCUCACAUGGCGAGAAGCUCUUUAGUUCCUUAAUCAUUUCACGGUGCCUUCGGACGCUUUUUUUCCACCUAAAACGUUUAGUUUCAGCUCAGUGAUCAGCUACCCCAGCUCGGCGGGGGAGCGGAAGGCUUGAAUUAUUCCGACCUGUGAGCGGCCCCUGGCACCAAAAAAAAAAAAAAAAAAAAAAAGAAAGAAAGAAAAGAAAAGAAAAGAAAGAGAGAAAAGAAAAGGAAAAAAAAGACGAGAAAAAAAGAAAAAAGAAGCACAAAAAAAGUGGAAACUUUUUUCCCCUGUCCACUUCAAGUUCUGAAAAAUCAAAAUGGAUUUAGAGAAAAAUUACCCAACUCCUCGGACCGGCAGGACAGGACAUGGAGGAGUGAAUCAGCUUGGGGGGGUUUUUGUGAAUGGACGGCCACUCCCGGAUGUAGUCCGCCAAAGGAUAGUGGAACUUGCUCAUCAAGGUGUCAGGCCGUGCGACAUCUCAAGGCAGCUUCGAGUCAGCCAUGGUUGUGUCAGCAAAAUUCUUGGCAGGUAUUAUGAGACGGGGAGCAUCAAGCCUGGAGUAAUUGGAGGAUCCAAACCAAAGGUCGCCACGCCCAAAGUGGUGGAAAAAAUCGCUGAGUAUAAACGCCAAAAUCCCACCAUGUUUGCCUGGGAGAUCAGGGACCGGCUGCUGGCGGAACGGGUGUGUGACAAUGACACGGUGCCCAGCGUCAGUUCCAUCAACAGGAUCAUCCGGACCAAAGUACAGCAGCCACCCAACCAGCCGGUCCCAGCUUCCAGUCACAGCAUAGUGUCCACGGGCUCCGUGACGCAGGUGUCGUCGGUGAGCACAGACUCGGCCGGCUCCUCGUACUCCAUCAGCGGCAUCCUGGGCAUCACAUCCCCCAGCGCCGACACCAACAAGCGCAAGAGAGAUGAAGGUAUUCAGGAAUCUCCAGUGCCCAACGGUCACUCGCUGCCGGGCAGAGAUUUCCUCCGGAAGCAGAUGCGGGGAGACCUGUUCACGCAGCAGCAGCUGGAGGUGUUGGACCGCGUGUUUGAGAGGCAGCACUACUCGGACAUCUUCACCACCACAGAGCCCAUCAAGCCCGAGCAGACCACUGAGUAUUCAGCGAUGGCCUCGCUGGCUGGAGGGCUGGAUGACAUGAAGGCCAACCUGACCAGUCCCACCCCUGCCGACAUCGGGAGCAGCGUGCCUGGGCCGCAGUCCUACCCCAUUGUGACAGGCCGUGACUUGGCGAGCACGACCCUCCCCGGGUACCCUCCGCACGUCCCCCCCGCCGGACAGGGCAGCUACUCAGCACCGACGCUGACAGGGAUGGUGCCUGGGAGUGAGUUUUCUGGGAGCCCCUACAGCCACCCUCAGUAUCCCUCGUACAACGACUCCUGGAGGUUCCCCAACCCGGGGCUGCUCGGCUCCCCAUACUAUUACAGCGCCGCGGCCCGAGGAGCCGCCCCACCUGCAGCCGCCACUGCCUACGACCGUCACUGACCCUCGGAGCCAGGCGGGCGCCAAGCACUUGCAACACGUAUCACUGAGGGCCAUGGCCUCUCAGCCCCUCCGAAGACAGCCAGAGGGGCCCAAUGAGACCAUCCCCCAGCAAUCCUCUCUCGCCUGAAACUCCCUCCCAACCUUUUCCUGCCAGGGAACUGGGGUUCUAUGGGUAAGGCUGUUGGACUUCUAGACACACACAUUUCUAAGUCAAUCAGUGUGCUUCUCCCAACAGCAACUGGGUGUCUGCAAAGCCACAGACUACUCUGCAGACAACUGUAGCCCCAGCCUAGCCUGCCGGUCCCCAGCUGUCUGACCAUCCACCUGUCUUCUUGCCCCCGGCCUGGGAAGGAGAGCUUGUUUUUGUCACUUCAACAACACCCGUGUAAAUACCUUCUUGCUUUUGGUGGGCGUGAGGGUCCAACUGAGCAGACUGCCCACCCAUUAUGCAUCCAGUAUUCCCAAUGUGUCACAGGACAUCUUAGACCUGUGUGCAGAGCAUCCCCUCUGUCUUGGCUGCCCCCCCCCCCACAGGUGGGCUUGCAGUUGUCCUUGAGACUAAGGAUGCCCACCUCAGGUCCCAGCCUCCUGCUCAUUGCUACUUCUUUAACAUCUGGACUAGGAGUCUCAUUGGGCUGGUUAUGCUUCAAGCUUGCCCCCUGAGACCCCUCCUCAGGAGAAACACACUGGAGAGAUGCCCUGGCUUCCUGACUCCAUUUUCCUGGGCCCAGUGCAGGGUGAGCAGCUCUUUUCCAUAUCAAAGGACUCAAAGCGAACAAAGGACUGUCUGGGAGAUUGCUCAGCUAUGAUUCUAAAGAUGCUGUCGAAGGUGCUGACUGCAUUGUGGACUUUGAAAUGCUGGGGCUGGACAGGACCCAGAAGACCAUAGUCCAAGGCAGGGACUCCCAAGCCCCUGGAACCACUGAACUGCACUGGGAUGUGUUUUCUGAGGCGUGCCCAGGCUCAUAUCACACUGGACACCCACCAUGGACAUUUCUCCCACCCUCCAGGAUGCCAGAAAGUGGAUUCUGGGCAAGCCUGUUCCUGCCAUGUAGACAAUAAUUAACAAAAAGGACAUUCUUGCACUGAGGACCACAAACACCUAGAGCAGUCAGCCAGAACUUUCUGAUCAGCCCCUCCCUAUCCUCGUGGAGCCUAGUAUGCAGCUGGAAAUAAGAGGUGCUGGGAUGGGAGCAGAUGCCUAACUUUGCACAGUGGGUAUAUACCUAUUGAUGCAAGGGGUUGUAAUGGCCAGGGCCAUGGCCAAGGGCCCCAGGAGCCUGGAGGGGAGCUUGGAGAACUCACUGGAGGCUGGAGUGGUCAGAAAAAACCACCUGGGAGGAUACGGGGGACAGAGGAAGGUCUUCUGGGAGAGGAACAAGAUAAGCAGUGAGGAGCUGGUGUGUGAACUGGGAGUGGUUUUGAAAUAGGGGUGCCAGGGGCCACCAUCUCUUUGCCUGGGGCCUCAGUUCCUUCAGUAGUCUCUCUUUUGCCCACUCAGAACAGCAAGGUGGAGGCCCUGUCCCAACCUGGACUGAAUUACACUGAUGACCAUGGACUUUGCCAUUUCAUGUGACAGACAUCCCCGAUGUUUCAUGUCACCAAGUUGGCAAAGAGCUAGAGCAGAGCAGAGCCUGGACUUGAGGUUAUUGGGCCUGAGAGGUCUUGUCCUGGCCACACUGCUUCCUUGCCAUGGGACCUCAGACAAGACCUUCAUGUCUCUGAGCCUCGGCUGUCUUGGUAUAGCAGGGUCACCUGCAAGGUCAUCCUCCAGCUCUCUCCUUGCCUUCCUUUUUCCCAGGAUGGGGAACAGACUCGUAACUGGGUCAUCUGGGGGCAGGUCUUCUACUUCUGAGCAAGCCUAUGGGAUGGGUAUCUAUUUGGACCAAAUGGGAAAUAAGAACACCCAGAGGGAUGGAAAUAAGCCUUGAGGACAAUCUAGUCCAGCUCGCCUCAGGGGAAACUGAGGCCCAGUUUGGGGAAGCCUGGGACAAUACAGGGAAAUAGAACAGACCUCCUCUGGCCACCACCAAGUGUUUUCUCCCCAACAUCCUACAAGGUGGUGGGAGAGAAGAGGAAAUGGGCUCAACACGGUGGAGUCCCCAGGCAUUGACUGGCAGAGGCGGGCUGGGAUUCAGCCUCCCAACCCCUGGCACAAGGUGAUCCUUCCAUCCCCGGGGGGGGGAAGUUGACAGCGAGGGCAGUGAGAGAUCGUUCUGGGCCCACUGCCACAGAUGGAGUGUCCCGGGCUGUUAGAACUGACAAGGAAGCCCACCCAUCCAAGGCAGAAGUGGGGCCAGGGAGCUCACUGCAGGCACACCCACCACCUUGGAACUUGCUGGGCAAAGAAGGGAGGCAGCUGGGGGCAGAGCCCACCUCCAGGAAUAGGAUGAACCAGCUCCAGCCUCCACCUGCCAGGCAAGGUAGGAGAAGGUACGGGAGCUGGCCUCUCCCUCCCUCCUUCCCUCCCUCCUUCCCUGCUGCAGGAAGUGGUGGGCUCAGAGGUUUGCAGAUGAGGCCUUUGGCCUCUUACACCCACACCUUUGGUCCUUGUCCCUCCUCGUGGUCUCAGGCUAUUGGGAAGUCAGCUUUCCCUGAACCAACUGCCUAAAGCACACACUGUCCUUCCUCAUCAAAGCCCAGCUGGCCCCAUUCUGUUCCUUCUCUUGCUGUGAUGAGCUCCCUCCAUGCCUUUCCUCUCUCCCCUGAGGCUCUGCUGGUGUUCAGAUUGCAUCUGUAUUUAUUAGACAACCCCUUGAUUCCUGGGCUGCCAGGCAGAAGCACAAGAGCACACGGAUGUACACAUAUGUUCUCACACAAGUACCUGCUCUCCCCAGCUCAGAGUCUGCGCACUGCUGGUGGAACUGCCUGUGAGCCUGGAGAGAGAGGUUCCAAAGGACACAAGCCGCUGAGUGAAUGCCAGAGAAUUCUGAACGGACAACACAAGGCCAGGGCUUUCACCAGCAUUGUGGCUGGAGGCCUAGGGUACUCCUCCACAGGCCUUCAGCCCUAUGUUCUGGCUCUGACUUUUGGAAAGGACCUUGUGGAUUUUAUGAAAAAGUUUCAUACCAUUAGUCUAGUUCCAGCCCUGAAAAAUCUGAUGACAUAUCAAAUCCAAACUCCCUUUCUCAAGGCGCCUUAGUUAGGGUUAGCCCUUUUAUAACUCACAUUUGUAUGGUGCUUUGCAAUCCUUGACCAUUCCCUGGGGCAAAGAUCACAAUGCCCAUUUUACAGAUGGGAAUACUGAGAUUUGGGGCUUGCAUGGCAAGACAGAGGUGAGCUGAAUUCUCAGAUCUCUGGGCCCCAUUCUCUCUCCACAGAAUUGUGCUCUUGUCAUGGGAGCAUAUGGCUUAGACAUACCCUUCAGUCCCCUAGAAACCCCCUAGACCCACGAGGAAACAAAGAACAGGGACCCAGAGGCUGGCCUGACCAAAUGGCCUGAGGCUUGGUGGCUUUGCUGGUCUGCCUUGAUUCCCAUUAACACCAAACCUGCAAAGUCUUUGCUCAGAUUCAUUCACAUCAGUGCUUCUGAGGUUUCAUUCAUGCUUCUUCCCUGCUGGGUCCUGAGACUCGGAGGGGAUCGGCACACAUCCAAGACUACACCAUCAGCCUUGGCGGGGCCUGGAUGUGAGCCUGCCUCUGACUCCGAGGGUCUAAGGUCCUGGGGUUUAUGAGAUGUCUCCUCACUGUGGCUCAGACUCCAGACCUGUCUGUGGCAACAUGUAGGCAUCCCCCAGCCAGGGUCCUGUUGGCGGCCACAGGCCUGGGAAACACAGAUCACAAUCUCCAGGGCCCUGAACUGCUGCUUCCUGGGGCCAGGCAGGUGAUCUUGCCACUCAGGCAGGGUGUGAGGUGGCAUGGGGGUGUGGGACCCCAGACAACCAGAGGGCUGGCCCCAUCCAGUGGCACUGAAAUGUGAAAGCUUUUUAAAUGCCCUUCCAGCCAAAAGAAUAUGUUUGUGGGCCACAUUUGACCCACUGGCUCCUAGCUCAUGACCCCCAAUUUUUGGCCAGUGCUCCCUUUCUUCACCUCCUUACCCUUCAUUGAAGAUGGGAACCCAGAGAGAUGGGAGAUAAGCUUUGACUUGUUAGGCCAGUCACUGGGUAAGGCAUCCCCAGUCCUUACCCCUUCCCUCCUCACCCUGGGCUCUUGGACCAUUUGGGCUUUGACGGUGGGUGGGAUAGAACAGUUGGGGGUGGUGGGGGUAGAGGGACUGCUGGCUCUGAGAGUCCAGUGCCACUGGGGUUUUUCCAUGUGUGCGGGGGAAGUGCCCCAGAUGUGGCCACGGGGCACUGAGGGGUGAAAUCCCUUUAUGAGAAGUCAGAGCCCAGAGCAACUGCCCUGCCUUUGGCAGCCUCUGGCACCAGCUUCCCCCCUCCCCUUUCUGGAUGACAUUUCAGCUAGACUUUAGCUCCAAGCCAUGGGGAGCAAAUAUUAAAAACAAACCAAGCACUCCUGACAAAUACCUAGAAACAAGAUAUGUCUGAGACACAGCUGCCCUGAGGGUAGAGGAAAAUCCAAGUCCCUGCAUAGGCCAGGCCCAGGCUGGAGUGGGUGCACCCCCACAGCACUCUGGGCUAGACCAGUUACUGGGUGACCCCGCUGCUAAAGAAGCUGGCUUUGCGGCCAUGGCCCUGUCACCCACCUAGGAGCCUGCCUCUGAUGGCUUCCAGGCAAGCACAUCGAUGCUCCUGGAGAAUUCAUUCCUUUAGUUCUUCUGGCCUCAGAGAGGUCCAAGGCAAGUGCAUUUCUUAAAAGGUAACAAAAACAUUAUCAGAAAGUUGGACAGUCAGGCCAUGACUCCUAGCCUGCAGUCUGCCCCACCUCCCAGCAGCCCCUUCAGGCCCUUGUCCCCUGAUGACCCCUUACCUCAGGAUUCCCUCUUGCAUAUUCAUGGCGGAGUCACGGAGCCGCAGUGUUGAUCCGCACUUCCCCACUGUCAGCUCGCGGCUGCGCUCCGGAGUGGCGGCCAGGUCCCGAGGGGCUGCCGCAGAGGACUGGAAGCAAGUCCCUGGCCUGCCUGCUCUCUUGAGGAAGGGUCUGCAGCUUCUCAGACAUGGGCUGCUUACCAGGAGCAGCCAGGCACCAGACUCUCUUUCCUUUGCUGUGAUUUCUCGACACGGGGAUCCCGUUCCUGGACCACCCCCCAUCCCAGGAUCAAAGGAGACCUCAGGAUCAUGUCCCUGCCAGUCCAGAGUUUGAGUCCAUGUGUUCCCAGGGGUCCCCUUUAGCCCAUGUCUGAGUUGGGGGUAAAUGUAACCACCAUGCAGUAAGUCUAGAUAUUCUCCUUCCCACAUCUUAGACCCCUAAGCGGCAGAAGGAGAAAAUGCAGCUAUUUAUUGAGGAAACCGUAAUGAAUUCUAAAAGGGAGUUGGUCUCAGGUAGUGUAUUUGGCCUGUGGGCAGGACAAGGGGGGCAGGAAUCCCACCUUUCAGCUUUAGACAGCGCUGAGCACGGCUGGGGAAGGAAGCAUGUGAACCAGCAGGGGGUGGGGCAGAUCGGGAGUCAGGGGCCCCCUUGCCCGACUCUAAGGCCUGGCUGGAGGAGGUCAAGCUGCGCCUCACCCACCCCAACCACAGGCCCACCCAAUCCUGCAACUAUGGCCACUGGGCCACCCUCAUCCCUAAAAUCACCACGCAUAAGGCCACGUCCCUCAUCUUCCCUAAAAGCACCAUUAAGAACAAGUGAUUUGGGAUGAUGGAUUUUUGAUUUACAAUCGGUGCAUUUCCCUUGGAGUGGAACAGAAAGGAAACGACUUAAUGGCUCCCUUAUUUUCAAGCAUGAAUACAUUUUAAUGAAACCAUUUUAUUGUAUUUGAGGAAAUGGAGAGUUGAACAUUCCAACCAAUCAAUAGCCAAUUAAUUGCUAUAAAGCUAAAAAUAAAUAAGUCCUGAGUCUUUUGGAAAUGCCCCACAAAACUCAGAGCCUCUGAAUCAGGCCUUCCCCUCCAUAUGUGUGCAUGUGAGUGUGUACAUGCACACACAUGCACACCCCUGCAUCUCAGACGUACUUGAAACUCAGACAUAGUGCUGAGUCUCCUCAUGCCGAUUCUUGCCUGCUCUCCUCACCUUUGGUCAGAGAUGGUGAGCAGACCUGGCAGCAGCCCAUCCUGGGGCUCAGGAAGAGGCAGGCCCAUCCCUUGGCCCCACGCCACCAGCUCAGUGUGGGAUAGAGUGGGCAGUGGGGGCCCCCUGGUUGCCCCCCACUGCUGGGCUUCCAAGUCUGGGCCGAGGGUGGAAAUCUGAUUUGGGUUUUGCCCUGACUCUUGCUGGCAGAUGCUGCCCUGGUUCUUCACCCUCUAGUGGCCUUUGGACAUUGAGUAUUUAUAGAAAUAAAUGCAGAUUACAUUGCAAGUGGAACUCUUUAGCUUCUCAUUCUUUGAGACAGUUGACUUUGUCUUAGGGAAUGACCUUCCAGCAUCAAAGAAAUACAUAUCUACUGUAUCCACCAAAGUUUGUGAUGCCUGCAUAAACACUU